AUGGAUUUAGGUCCUAAAAAUGCUGAAAAACAAUAUGAAAGUGGCAGAAAAAUUCAAAAAAUUGUCGAAGAAGAGGAAGAAGAACGAGAUCUUUUCGAGAUCAACAUAGAGGUAGUGAAUAAAAUCCCUCCUCCACAAUAUUACUGGGAUAGAUAUUUUACUACCACAAGUGACACACUUCUGGCCAACUGUUUGUUGCCCAUUUCCGAUGUGUCGAGGGCGAUUCCGAUGGCCGUGAAAGCAUUCGAUGAAGUGCAAUGGCCCGGUGCGGCUGAGUCCAUGCCUAGAAAACUCAUGGAGGGUUGUGCCUUUGUGUCGCAGUGCAGGCAAAUGAAAGCAUAA